AUGCCGGCGGCGGCGGGAGAUGGGCUCCUGGGCGAGCCGGCGGCGCCGGGUAGUGGCGGCGGCGCGGAGGAGGCGGCCAGGCCGGCGGCGGCCUGUGAGGGAAGUUUCCUGCCGGCCUGGGUGAGCGGCGUGCCCCGCGAGCGGCUCCGCGACUUCCAGCACCACAAGCGCGUGGGCAACUACCUCAUCGGCAGCAGGAAGCUGGGCGAGGGCUCCUUCGCCAAGGUGCGCGAGGGGCUGCACGUGCUGACCGGAGAGAAGGUGGCCAUAAAAGUCAUUGAUAAGAAGAGAGCUAAAAAGGACACCUAUGUCACCAAAAAUCUGCGGCGAGAGGGGCAGAUCCAGCAGAUGAUUCGCCACCCCAACAUCACGCAGCUCCUUGAUAUCUUAGAGACGGAAAACAGCUACUACCUGGUCAUGGAGCUGUGCCCAGGCGGCAACCUGAUGCACAAGAUCUACGAGAAGAAGCGGCUGGAGGAGUCCGAGGCCCGCAGAUACAUCCGGCAGCUCAUCUCUGCAGUGGAACACCUGCACCGGGCUGGGGUGGUCCACAGAGACUUGAAGAUAGAAAAUUUGCUUCUAGAUGAAGACAAUAAUAUCAAGCUGAUUGACUUUGGCUUGAGCAACUGCGCGGGGAUCCUGGGCUACUCCGACCCGUUCAGCACACAGUGUGGCAGCCCCGCCUACGCCGCACCAGAACUGCUGGCCAGGAAGAAAUACGGCCCCAAAAUCGACGUCUGGUCCAUAGGUGUGAACAUGUACGCCAUGUUGACGGGGACCCUGCCUUUCACGGUGGAGCCGUUCAGCCUGAGGGCUUUGUACCAGAAGAUGGUGGACAAGGAGAUGAACCCCCUCCCCACCCAGCUCUCCACAGGAGCCAUCAAUUUCCUGCGCUCUCUCCUGGAACCAGACCCCGUGAAGAGGCCAAAUAUUCAGCAAGCACUGGCCAACCGCUGGCUCAAUGAGAAUUACACAGGCAAAGUGCCCUGCAACGUCACCUACCCCAACAGGAUUUCUCUGGAGGACCUGAGCCCCAGCGUGGUGCUGCACAUGACRGAGAAGCUGGGCUACAAGAACAGUGACGUGAUCAACACGGUGCUGUCCAACCGUGCCUGCCACAUCCUCGCCAUCUACUUCCUCUUAAACAAGAAACUCGAGCGCUAUUUGUCAGGGAAGUCCGACGUCCAGGACAGUGUGUGCUACAAGACCCAGCUCUACCAGAUCGAGAAGUGCAGGGGCCCCAAGGAGCCGUAUGAGGCCUCCCUGGACACCUGGACCAGAGACCUUGAAUUCCAUACUGUGCAGGACAAAAAGCCCAAAGAACAAGAAAAACGAGGGGAUUUUCUUCAUCGGCCUUUUGCCAAGAAGAUGGACAAGAACCCGCCCUCGUACAGACAGCCUUCGGCCUCGCUCAUCACGCAGAUCCAGAACACCAAGGCGCUGCUCAAGGACCGCAAGGCUUCCAAGUCUGGCUUCCCCGACAAAGAUUCCUUCGGCUGUCGAAACAUUUUCCGCAAAACCACUGAUUCCAAUUGUGUGGCUUCUUCCUCCAUGGAGUUCAUCCCCGUCCCACCCCCCAGAACCCCCAGGAUUUUAAAGAAGCCGGAGCCCCAUCAGCAAGGGCCUGGGAGCGCCAGCAUCCCGCCAAAGGAAGAUCCCCUGAUGCUGGACAUGGUGCGCUCCUUCGAGUCUGUGGACCGUGACGACCACAUAGAACUGCUGUCCCCUUCCCAUCACUAUAGGAUUCUGAACUCACCUGUGAGCCUGGCUCGCAGGAAUUCCAGUGAGAGGACUCUGUCCCCGGGGCUGCUGUCUGCAAGCACGUCACCUCUGCAGACUCCUUUGCAUCACACUCUGGUCUCCUUUGCUCAUGAAGAUAAGAACAGCCCACCCAAGGAGGAGGGCGUGUAUUCCCCACCUCCAGUUCCCAGCGCCGGUCACACUCAGCCUCUGGGGAGCCCCAACUGUGUGAAGAGCCGGGGCAGGUUCCCCAUGAUGGGCAUUGGACAGAUGCUGAGGAAGCGGCACCAGAGCCUGCAGCCUUGUGCGGAGAGACCCCUGGAGGCCAGCAUGCCCCCGCUGCAGCCCUCAGCCCCCACAAGUCUUUCUUUUGACAUGGCUGACGGGGUCAAGGGCCAGUGUUAA